AUGGCUUCGGAAACCACUCCUCCCGCUCAGGCGCCCGCCGCCGCGUCCGAGGAGCCCGAGACCAACACGGAGGUCGAAGCUCAAGAUAUCGAUGUCGGAGCCGAAGCGUUAAUAAACCUUACCGUUACCUUGCCCGAUGCCAAUGCUAGCAAGAUCCAGAUCAUGGUUUCGCCUCAAGAACAGGUUCAUGAGAUCCGACAGUCCAUCAUUGACCUUCCUUCUGCGUUUCAAUACACCUGCUUCCACCUGGAGUUUAAUGGCGAGAAGAUCAACGACUUCAUCCCUCUCGCCGAAAUUCCCGAACUCGGCACCACGCCCGAGUUUCAUGUGGUCGAGGACCCAUAUACCGAGAAGGAAGCUCGCAUUCAUUUUGUUCGCAUUCGGGAGCUUAUCGGCGCCUCUGGGGAUCGUUGUGACACUGCUCAGGGUGUUCUUCCAGGACUUUCCCUUUUCGAAACUGUCGCUACAGAGGCCCAUGGUAGUAACGACGAGUCGGCUGAGGAGUCGCCUAUACAGAACUACGACUUUCAGGCUGUGCCUUCGCUCACCGGGCUGGUACCUCCCCCAUCCGAACCCGCUCCUAAGACAGUGAAGCAGAUCUCCUUGUCAUCAUGGAACCCUCCCCCUCCUCACCUGCGACAGCGUGGCCACUUGCUCUAUUUGGUUGUCUCCACUAAUGAAGGCGAGCAAUACCAAGUCACCUCUCACGUUUCGGGCUUUUACGUGAACAAAUCUUCCAACGCCAAGUUCGAUCCUUUGCCUCGUCCAGCGCCCAAGGGCCAGUCUGCUCACUCCUUGUUGAGUCUGAUCGAGCUUGUCUCACCUUCGUUCACCGAAUCCUUCACGAAGCUCCAGGACUACAACAACCAACGAGACCCUCUCGCCACUUUCCAGAUCACCAACGCUAUCCCUGCUGCUCCUUGGGUGGUUCCUUCUCCGAACUCGUCUCUUUGUACACAUCUUCCCGACCCUGCACGAUCCCAGGAGACCUACCUUCUCAACGGUGUCGAAAACACCGACACUCUGCGAGACUGGAACGAAGAGUUCCAAUCAGCUAGGGAGCUCCCCCGCGAGACCGUUCAAGACCGUGUAUUCCGCGAAAGACUCGUUUCCAAACUAUUUGCGGAUUAUAACGAGGCUGCCACUCGAGGUGCUGUCAUGGUCGCACGCGGCGAUGUUGCCCCUCUAAACCCCACAGAAUGCAGGGAUGCCCAAAUCUUUGUUUAUAACAACAUCUUCUUCUCUUUCGGUGCUGAUGGUGUUGGUACCUUCACUUCCGAGGGUGGCGACGAGGCUGCCCGUGUUGCCACUGGCAAAGAUGUUGCUGGCGUCAAGCUUGUCAACCAGUUGGAUAUCGAGGGGCUUUUCACACCUGCUACUGUAGUUGUUGACUACCUUGGAAAGCGAAUUGUUGGUCAGAGCAUUGUUCCUGGAAUUUUCAAGCAACGCGAGCCCGGCGAGAACCAAAUCGACUACGGUGCUGUAGACGGCAAAGAUACCGUCGCCGCUGACGAGAGAUUUGCUCCUGGCUUUGCUCAGCUGUCCAAGGCCCUCAAGGUCAAGAAACAUCCUGUUUGGGAUAAAGAUGGCAAGCGAUUCGACCUAGAGGCCAGCGUGGAGACCAAGGGCCUUCUAGGUACGGACGCUCGCAAGUACGUGUUGGAUCUGUACCGUAUCAGCCCCCUGGACAUCGCCUGGCUAGAUGAAGAUGGCCUCCCUGAGGAUGGUGAUGCUUAUCCUCACCGCAUGACUGUGCUUCGACCAGAGCUCGUCGAUUCUUUCUCACGGUACAGAUUGAAACAGUGGGUAGACAAGGAGGUCGCUCGUCGAGCUGAACAGAAGAAAGAGAACGAGAAGGAAAACGGCGAGGCCGAGACCGAGAAGACUGAGAACGCCGAGAAGACCGAGAAGACCGACGAGGCCGGGAAGGACGACGAGGCCGGGAAGGACGACGAGGCCGAGGGCAAGGACGAAGCUUCUAAGGAGGAGGAAAACCAGCCUAACCUUUCGGAUUUCAAGUUUGCUCUCAACCCCGAUGCUUUCAGUGGCCAGGUGCCCCAAACUGAAGAAGAGAAGGCUGAGUUCGCUGCUGAUGAGGAGGAGGUCAGGGCAGCUGGCGCCUAUCUUCGGGAGCAGGUCAUCCCUGACUUACUCAAGGAGCUAUCUGAUUCAGAGAUCAGCUUCCCCAUGGAUGGUCAGUCAUUGAGCCGACUUCUCCAUAAGCGAGGUAUCAAUGUGAGAUAUCUGGGCAAGGUUGCCGAGCUUUCUACCGAUGGUCGUCUGAAAUGCUUGCGCGAAAUCUGUGUUCAAGAUAUGGUUGCCCGAGCUUUCAAGCAUAUCGCUUCUACAUACCUCCGCCACCUUCCGGUACCCGCUGUCCCUGCCGCUGUUGCUCACCUCCUCAACUGUUUACUCGGACACAACUUCAACAGCAAGCCUGUUGCUGAGCUUGAUUCUUCAAUCCGCAGCCUCUACACAGACGCUGAUUGGUCAUUUGAAGAGGUCGCACCCGAAAGCCUGCGAGAAAACAUCGAGGAGCAAAUUCUCCAGCGAUUUCGACAUGAAUUGGAUGAGGAAUGGCACAAUCAGGUUCGCCCAGUCCAGCUACUCCGUGAGGUGUCGUUGAAGCUUGGUAUCCAGGUCCAGGCCAAGGAUUACGCCUUCACUGUCGAUGCUGCCGAUGCUGCCGCUGCCACUACAGCUGACGCUCCUGAAAAGACCGAGAAGUCCAUUGCUAACCAAACCAAUGGAGAAUCUGCCAGCAGCAAGAAAAAGAAGAAGAACAAGACUCGUGAGGUUUCGCCUCCUGAGACAGUUGCCCCUGCCAAUGUUCACACGUUCUGCCCCGACGACAUCGUUGACCUAGUUCCUUUGAUCAAGGACUCAUGCCCUCGUAGCGCUCUCGCUGAGGAGGCGCUUGAAGCUGGCCGCAUCUCAAUUAUUCAGAACCAGAGGAAGCUGGGUCAGGAGCUCCUCCUAGAGUCCCUUUCCCUGCACGAGCAGAUCUACGGCAUCCUGCAUCCCGAGGUCGCUCGUGUGUAUAAUAGUCUGUCUAUGCUCUACUACCAGCUGGAUGAGAAGGAGGCUGCGGUUGAUCUUGCUCGCAAGGCAAUUAUCGUUGCUGAGCGAACUGUUGGUGUUGAUUCCGCCGAGACCCUUCUUAACUACCUCAACCUGAGCCUGUUCCUCCACCAGGUUGGUGACAGUAAGGGUGCUCUUGUGUACUCAAAGCACGCUCUCAAGAUGUGGAAGGUUAUAUACGGCCCUGACCACCCUGACUCUAUCACAACCCUUAACAACGCUGCUGUGAUGCUUCAGCAUCUCAAGGCCUACCAUGAGUCUCGACUUUGGUUCGAGGAGUCGCUGCGUGUAUGUGAGUCUGUCUUCGGCAAGCAGUCGAUCAACUCCGCCACACUACUCUUUCAGCUAGCACAAGCUCUUGCUCUUGACCGCGAUUCUAAGGGAGCCGUGACUCGUAUGCGCGAGUCUUACAACGUUUUCCUCGCCGAGCUUGGACCAGAAGACAAGAACACCAAGGAGGCAGAGAGCUGGCUCGAGCAGCUUACUCAGAACGCUGUGAACAUUGCCAAGCACGCCAAGGACGUCGCUGCCCGACGACUUAAAUCCGGCAUUCGAUUCACCACCAACACUUCGAAUCCGGCAGGAGUUGUUCCCAGCGUCGCCGUCCCUGGCCGUACCGGUCCUGGCUCACAGGUCGAUUCACGCAGCAUUGAUGAGCUCAUCAAGUUCAUCGAAGGUGGUGAACAUCAACAAAACAAGAAGCGUACUGGCCGUGGUAACCCAAAGAGACGAGGCCAGGCCGGAGCGCGAUAA